UCAAGACCUAAAGAAGGAGGAGGACAGCACCGUGAAGACCUCAGAACAGGGUUACAGUAUUUACUAUCUACCAGGGUGGCACCUAGUGCCUGGCAUGGCCGGAGGUAUUUGCGUGACUCUCUUGCUCCUCCUCAGCGUUGUUCCCACAGGGAGCAGAAAGAGCUGGAGAAGACGUGGCCAGCAGCUUGUGGCCAACAGCCGUGAGAGAACUGAAGGGGGUGGGGAGAGCUUCCCAUUGGAUUUCACUGCUGUGGAGGGAAAUAUGGACAACUUUAUGACUCAAAUUAAGAACCUGGCACAGUCUCUGUACCCAUGCUCUGCACAACGUUUAGAUGAGGAGAUGAAAUUACACCUUUUGAACAACCACUCUAUCACCUGCAAUGAUGGGAGUCCAGCUGGUUACUACCUAAAAGAGUCCAAAGGCAGCCGGCGGUGGCUCGUCUUCUUGGAAGGUGGUUGGUACUGCAUUAGCCGUGAGAACUGUGACCUCCGCUAUGACACCAUGAGAAGAUUCAUGAGUUCGAAAGGAUGGCUAGCCACUAAAAAAGCUUCAGGAAUUUUGUCAACUCAGCCCGAGGAGAAUCCACAUUGGUGGAAUGCUAACAUGGUAUUCAUCCCGUACUGUUCCAGUGACGUCUGGAGUGGAGCUUCACCCAAAUCUGAAAAAAGUGACUAUGCUUUUAUGGGUUCACUUAUUAUACAAGAGGUUGUGAAGGAACUUUUGGGGAAAGGGCUGGACACAGCCAAAGUGCUUCUCUUAGCUGGAAGCAGUGCUGGUGGAACAGGCGUUCUUCUAAAUGUAGACCUGGUGGCUGAGCAACUAGAAGAACUGGGUUAUACCGGGAUCCAAGUACGUGGGCUUUCGGAUUCUGGCUGGUUUCUCGAUAACCAGCAGUAUAGAAGGACUGACUGCACAGAUAUUAUGACAUGUGCCCCUACAGAGGCCAUCCAGAGAGGAAUCAGAUACUGGAAUGGGCUUGUUCCAGAGAGGUGUAAGCAACAGUUCAAAGAAGGUGAAGAGUGGAACUGCUUCUUUGGCUACAAGAUAUACCCAACCCUAAGAAGUCCUGUAUUUGUAGUACAGUGGUUAUUUGAUGAGGCCCAGCUGACUGUGGACAAUGUCCAUUUGAGUGGGCAGCCAGUGCAGGAAAACCAGUGGAACUACAUUCAGAACUUGGGUCGUGAGCUGCGCAGCACCUUGAAGGAUGUUGGGGCCAGCUUCGCUCCUGCUUGUCUGUCUCAUGAAGUCAUCACAAGGAAUCACUGGACAGAAGUGCAGGUCCGUGGGACAUCUCUACCCCGUGCACUGCAUUGUUGGGAUCGCAGUCUUCAGGAAAACAAUAAGAACAGCAAGACCCCCUUAAAGGGAUGUCCCUACCACUUAAUGGACAGCUGCCCAUGGCCACAGUGUAACCCCACCUGCCCCUCCAUCCGCGACCACUUCACCGGGCAGGAGAUGAGCGUGGUCCAGUUUCUCAUGCAUCUUGGGUUUGAUGUUCAGAAGAUGGCAAGCCAACAAGGCAUGGAGCCAAGUAAACUGCUGGGCGUGCUUAGUAGCUAGUUAGGGUAAGCUCUGCGUAAAAUGGUGGGGGGCUGAUAUUUAUGGGGUAAGGCAUCUGACGAUGAUGAAACGAUGAGGGCAUGAAAGGAUAAGAGGAAGUGACCAGUCAUUGUCAGAUGAGGCUUUGGUCAGUGUAGCUUUAGAGCAGAGCCACUAUCCAACUAUAAAUGGGUGGUCUUAUAAGAGGUCAGACUGCCAUAGACCCCACUGCAGUGUGGGGACAUCAAUGUGCCCUCUUCUAUAGUGACUUGAGUCUGAGACCUAUAGAAGAAGAAUUUUUUUUAGAUAAUUUUUGUAAGAUAUAUAUUUUUUUUUUUUAUAAAACAAAGCAAACAAACCUCAU